AUGUCGGGAGUGAAUCGACGCUCCUCGAUUUCGUCAUCGGCGUCGUCUUCGUCUCUAGCGAAGCGGCCGGCGGUGGAGAAUGUGGCUAAGGUCUCUGUUUCUGCGCCUGAGCAGGCCAAGAAAAGGGUGGCGCUCGGUAAUUUGACUAAUCAGUGCAAUGCGGUGAGGAGUGGUUCUCGGCUACCAGCAACAAACGUUUUCAAUAAGGUCACUACUACCAGUUCAGCAUCAAAAGUGCGAAAGGGAUCUGCUUUUGUUAGCAGUUCAAAACAAAAUUUUCAACGUGAAUCUGCAAAGUUUCCAUCUCUUGCUAAAUCAGCUGCUAAUGUAUCAAGGAUAACUACUACACCUUCAACUCGAGUUGGACUAACUGCGCCUCUUGCCCCACUUCUUGUUCCCUGCUGCAAUGUUAAAUCCCCAAUUCUCUCAGAUGAUUCCGAAUCAAUGGAUGAGACCAUGUCAACUUCUGAUUCUCUGAAGAGUCCUGAUUUUGAAUAUAUUGACCACGGUGAUUCCUCAAUUGUGGCGUCAUUGGAGAGACAAGCCACGUAUAACCUCCACAUUUCAGAUAAUGUUGAUUCAAAUGGAAAUUCUUGGAAGAGAGAUAUUCCUGUUGCAGUAGAUGCGGCUGUCAAUAUUGCAAAUGUUGAUGACAAUCCGGAAGAUCCCCAGUUGUGUGCAUCACUUGCUUGUGAUGUUUACGAGCAUUUACGCUUAGCUGAGAGUAAGAGAAGAGCUUCCACUGAUUUCAUGGAUAGAGUUCAAAAGGACAUUAACGCAAGCAUGCGAGCUAUUUUAAUAGACUGGCUAGUAGAGGUUGCAGAAGAAUAUCGGCUUGCACCUGAUACAUUGUAUCUUACAAUAAACUAUAUUGAUCGGUAUCUUUCUGGAAAUGAGAUUAAUCGCCAACGCUUGCAGUUAUUGGGAGUUGCUUGCAUGUUUAUUGCAGCAAAAUAUGAAGAGAUUUGUGCCCCACAAGUUGAAGAAUUCUGUUACAUAACAGACAAUACAUAUUUCAAAGAUGAAGUCUUGCAAAUGGAAGCUGCUGUUCUGAAGCACCUGAAGUUUGAAAUGACAACCCCUACGGCCAAGUGUUUUUUGAGGAGAUUUGUUCGGGUUGCUCAAUGCUCUGAUGAGGCACCUUCCCUUCACCUAGAAUUCCUUGCUAGUUAUGUUGCCGAGCUAUCACUCCCAGAAUACAACAUGCUUUGCUAUUCCCCAUCUCAGAUUGCUGCUGCCUCUGUCUUCCUCUCAAAGUUUAUAAUCCAACCAACAAAGAAGCCUUGGAAUGCAACACUUGUACAUUACACGCAGUACAAACCUUCUCAACUGUGCGACUGUGUGAAGUCCCUGCAUCGUCUUUGUUGCAAUAGUUCUAGCAAUAAUUUGCCUGCCAUAAGGGAGAAGUACAGCCAACACAAGUACAAGUUCGUGGCCAAGAAGUACUGUCCGCCAUUAAUCCCGUCUGAGUUCUUUAAUGAUCCGAGUAGCUAA